AUGGUUUGCCUGACCAGUCUGCUCGUUGUGGGGCUCGCCCUCUCGAGCCGAACCCGAGCCCAAGAUCAGUCCGAUCCCAAUGCUCCCGGAGCCAACCCAAGCCCGAGCCCGUCUCCAGAGCAAGACAACUCGACUGAGCCCUACGUCCCUCUAUUCUCCAACCACACGAACCCGCUAUGGAAUCCGAACGCUACCGACCUAGGUCCCUACUCUGUCGGCGUGAACAACUCGUACUCCCCGCCAUUCCCCUGGAGCUCGACCAGAGGUACCGGAUCGGAAUGGUCUGAAGCCAUUGCCAAAGCGCGCGAGUUCAUCCGGGCCAACAAUCUCACUGUCGAAGACAAAGUCACCUUGACGACCGGGUUAGGAUGGCAAGCGAAAGGAGAAGGUGGUAGGGCUUGCGUGGGGAACAUCGCUGCUAUCAACGGGACGAACUGGAAGGGACUGUGUCUGGAGGACAGUCCGGCCGGGGUGAGGUUUGCCGAUGGGGUCUCGGUCUUCCCCUCGGGAAUCAAUAUCGCGAGUACAUUCGAUAGGGAUCUUAUGUACGCGAGGGGAGAGGCGAUGGGGAAAGAGUUCGUCGGCAAGGGAGUCAACGUCGCUUUGGGACCAGGAAUGAACGGCGAACGUACGCCCAAUGCAGGUCGAAACUGGGAGAUGGCCGGAGCCGAUCCUUACCUAGCCGGAGAAGUCGCCUACUCUACCAUCAAGGGUCUCCAAUCGUCUGGCGUUCAAGCCUGUGCGAAACAUUACAUCUUCAACGAACAGGAGCGGAACCGAACGACGAGCUCGAGCAACGUGGACGAUUACACGACGCAUAUGCAUUACUUGCCGCCGUUCUUGAAGGCGGUGCAGGCGGAUGUGGCGAGCUUCAUGUGCAGUUAUAACCUCAUCAACAGCAGUUAUGCUUGCCAGAAUGCUCUGGCCCAAAACGGCUGGUUGAAGCACGAACUCGGCUUCCAGGGAUACAUCCUGUCCGAUUGGGCUGCUACCCAUAGCGGUGUCGACUCGGCUCUGAAUGGGCUUGACAUGACCAUGCCGGGAGAUGUCACCUUUUUGUCCAACGACAGUUACUUUGGCGCCAACUUGACCGAGGCCGUGAACAAUGGUUCUGUCCCCAUCGAGAGGCUUGAUGACAUGGCCACUCGAAUCCUAGGCGGAUGGUAUCUGCUCGGCCAAGACGCCGAAUCUUUCCCAGACGUCAACUUUGACGCGUUUGACAGGAAUGAUGACGAGCUCAAUGAGUACGUCGACGUUAGGGAGGACCACGGCGCUUUGAUCAGGGAGAUCGGAGCAGCGUCGAGCGUCUUGCUCAAGAACGUCAACAACACGUUACCCCUUCGGAAACCCAGGACGAUGGCCGUCUUCGGUUCCGACUCCGGACCUGCUACCAAGGGACCGAACGGUCUUCCCGAUCGAGGCGGGUUCGAUGGAACGGUUACCAUCGGCUGGGGCAGCGGGACGGCCGAUUUCACCUACUUGAUUACUCCGCUCGAAGCGCUUCAGAAGCAGGCUUUGGCGGAUCGAACUCAGUUCUCUUGGUGGCUCGAGGAUUACAACUUGGAAGGAGCCGCCGCCGCCGCCGUCAACAAGGACGUGGCGCUGGUGUUCAUCGCGAGCGACGCCGGCGAGGAGUAUAUCACCGUCGAUGGGAAUGUUGGUGAUCGAAACAACAUUACCGCCUGGAAGGGGGGUGACGAGCUUGUCCUCGCCGUUGCCAACAACACGGACAACGUUGUCGUCGUGAUCCACUCUCCAGGUGCAAUCGAUAUGGAAGCCUGGAUCGACCAUCCCAAUGUCACUGCCGUCAUUAUGGCGGGCUUCCCUGGCCAAGAGGCUGGCAACAGCAUCGUCGAUGUCCUGUACGGAUAUUACAACCCCAGCGGACGCUUGCCAUACACCAUCCCCAAAGGCCUCGAAGAAUGGCCCGUUCAGAUCGAAUUCAUCAACACUGACCUGGAUCCUCAACCCCAAGUGGACUACAAUGAAGGAAUCUACCUUGAUUAUAGAUAUUAUCAGCAAAACAAUCUGACCCCCAGAUAUGGUUUCGGUUACGGUCUCUCGUACACCAGUUUCAAUUACACCAACUUCCAGACCCGACAAUUGUCUGAUCAGAACAACGAGCGACGAUGGAACUCGGGCGAAGCGUAUACCGCUGCGAACGCCACUAACCAAGUCGGAUCUUCCUUGUCACGCAGUUUACACGAGCCUCGAUACGAAGUGACUGUUGAUAUUCAAAACGUCGGGGGAGUUUACGGAUGCGAAGUGCCUCAGCUUUACCUCGGUUUCCCGGAAGGCGUCGACCAGCCACCCAAAGUGCUCAAGGGGUUCACGAGGGUCACUCUUGACAAGUGGGAGGCGCAAAAAGCGCAAUUUCACCUGUCUUACUACGACAUGGCAGUCUGGGACGUCGUCGCAUCGAGAUGGACCGUCCCAGCCGGCGACUUCAAGGUCUACGUCGGGCGAUCAGCCUUUGAUGACGAUUCCUUACAGGGUGUCAUUCCCGCUUCUUGGUUGCCUGGUACCGAUGUCGACAUUUACGCCGACUAA